AUGUUGGCAAAAGGAGCAAGUCAUUUAGUAUCAGAAGUUAUUGCAACUUCAACAAGAUUAACACAAAGAAGAGCUUCUAUUGAAUUACAAAAAUCAAUUCAAGAGGGAUCCAAUACACAUAUCAGAAGAAAUUCAAUUUGUGGGCCAUGUUCUGAUGGUCCCGCUGAUCUUCAUCCUCCCACCAACGGUGUAAUUGGUGGUAGUGGUCAUUCAACUGCAUUUACAAGUUUAUAUCAUACAUCUAAACCAAUUCUACCUGAUAUCCCUGCAAAUGAUUCAUUUAUGAUUCCAACUAUUUUGGAAAAUGGAAAUCCAAUUUGUAUGUCAUACAAACAAAUGAGAAAUCCUAUUAAAGAAGAAGAAUCAUUAUUUAAACAAAUACAAAGUCGAAGAAGAGCAUCACUUGAUGAUUUUGUUGGUAAUGGUACCAAAACACAUCGUAGAAGAUACUCAUAUGAUGGUCUACCAUCGAAAAGAAUGGAAAACAUAUCUGAAAUUAGUAUUGGUGAUAUUUCAAAACUCAAUCUAAAUAGUACUUUGAAACAACAAAUCAAAGAGAAUAAUGUAGUUGAUAUCGAUGCCAAGAGAACUUUUGAUCAAGCUUGGGGUAAUUUGGUUAGAAAAUAUGGUGUUCAAAACUUGAAUCUUCCAAAAGAUGUAACUUGGUUGUUGGGUGGUCCAGGUGCUGGAAAAGGUACAAAUACUGCCAUUCUACAAAGUGCACUUGGUAUAGAAUCUAAACCAAUUGUAAUGAGUUCACUUUUAAAUAGUGAUGAAUGUCAGGCACUAAAAAAAUCAGGAAAAUUAGUAAAUGAUACAGUUGUAUUGGAAAUGUUAUUAAAGGAAAUAACCAAACCUGAUAUAAUGGGAGUACGAUCAAAUGGAAUCAUUAUAGAUGGGUUCCCAAGAAACGCCAAACAAACCAGAUUCGUAGAGAUGUUGUAUGACAAGAUUGUAGAGUUGAGACAACGUAUCAACCCCAAUGCAUCGUUACCAAAGUUUAGAAUCACAGUUUUACACGUUUCUGAAAAGGAGAGUGUCAGUCGUCAACUUGGAAGAGGAUUAAAAGCACUCCAAGAAAAUGAAAAGAGAAAGACCGACAGCCUCCCUCCCAUCGAGGUCCGUGCCACCGAUAUCGAUCCACAAGCUUGUAAAGGUCGUUACGAUACCUAUCUCGCUGAAUACCAAAAUGUUCAAAGACUUGGUAAAAGAUUUGAUUACACUGAAAUCGAUGCCAACGGUUCCAAAGAUCAAGUUGAAAAAAUAAUCGAAUCAAAGUAUUCCCAACUAUCUAUUUAUAAUUAA